AUGGGGAAUCAUCAUAGCCAUGAUUCGAAAGGUGGAGGUGAACAGGGCAGUAGUGGAACAAGCACGCCGCGAGGAUCGCAACGAGGUGCUGGUUCUCGCUCAGGGUCUGGUGGAGACCUGCAGGGACUAGCAGAAAAGAAUGACAAGCCGCCUCCAUCAAUGAUUCCCAUAGAAAAACUUGGCAAGUUGUUGGCACAACGUUCACAGAAGGAAGAUGGAGUCAAUGGUGUCACUGAAAAGUGUUUUACCAAAUACCUGUUCGGGAUGUAUCCGGAGCUAGCUACCCAGUUCUACAAAUACGUGCACAAAGCUGGCAAAUGCAAGAACAAACACAUUCCCCUAUCCACCUUCAGACAACAGUGCGAGAAGAUUCUCGCCAUGCUGGAUGAUAACGUCAUCAUCGACACCUACGUGAGGAUGUUCAGCUCAGACGAUGAUGACAACACUGUCACACCAGACGGGCUACGCAGUUUAUUAUACACAAGUUACAAACUUUCCAUGGACCACUAUCCUGAAGGGCCCCAGACUUGUCUCAUGAUCAACAAGACGUUGUCGGCGGUAGUGAACGGUUGCUUUAACAAUAAAGACUCUCACAGUGUCGGUUUUGUGGUUCGUUGGCUCGAGGAACACUGUCAUAGAUUGAUUUUCCCAGUUCACAGGUACUGCGUACACAUGCUGGCCACGCGCCACCGCGACAUGGAGGCGCACGUGGAGUCGUGCGGGCUGGGCGCGGGGCUGGAGCUGGCCACGCCGGUGCUGGAGCGCGGCGCGUGGCAGGCCGCCAGCGCGCUCAUGCCCGUGUCGCGCGCCUGGCUGCUGGCCGGCACCGCGCCGCCGCUCUACAGCCGCCCCACGCAGCCGCCGCACCAGCCGCCCGGCGGCGGGCUGGCGAGCGCGGCGUGGCUGGCGCGGCUGGUGUGCGCGGUGCCGUCGCACUGGGUGCCGCUGUACGCCGCGCGCGACCACGGGCUCGGCGCCAACCGCUUCCUGCACCACACGCUCGCCUACCGAGGUCCGACCCUAGUCUUGAUCCAAGCCGAAGAAAUGGUAAUAGUUGUGUGCAGUCCACAAGAGUGGCGGGAAACUCACCAAUACUGGGGGGGACCUGACUGUGCCCUCAUAGUAGUCUGUCCUACUUUCAGCGUAGUAGAACACGCACCAAAGAUGUUGUACCUGAACACUUCGAUCCGGGGCUACCCCAAGGGGCUCCGCGCAGGGUCCGACCCCAGGAAACCGCUGCUGAUUAUUCCUGAAGACUUCGACUCUGUCACUUUCAAGGGAGUGCCGUAUCCCUUGCAGAACAUCGAGGUGUGGGGUUGCGGUGACCAGGCGUCUCGUGAAACGCAGCUAGAAAUCAAAAAGUGGCAAGUCAAGGAGGCUGAGAGACAAAGAAGUGUGAAGUUGUCAGCCGCGGACUGGAUCGAGCACCCAGACAGAUACCUGCUAGAGCUGGCCGGCCGGCCGCAGUACAACAACUCGGCCAGCUAG